UUCAGGCUUGGUGAGCCCCACUGUCUCACACAGAAAUGGGGAGAAAUAAGACCUCUGUCACAGAGUUCAUCCUAGUGGGAUUUCCUCUCAACUCAAGGAUUCAGAUGCUUCUCUUUGGGCUCUUCUCCCUGUUCUAUGCCUUCACCCUGCUGGGGAACGGGCUCAUCCUGAGACUCAUCUGGCUGGACUCCAGACUGCACACCCCCAUGUACUUCUUCCUCUCCCACCUGGCCAUCGUCGACAUAGCCUAUGCCUGCAACACGGUGCCCCAGAUGCUGGUAAACCUCGUGAAUUCAGACAAGCCCAUCUCCUUUGCUGGCUGCAUGACACAAACCUUUAUUUUCUUGAGUUUUGCUCAUACUGAAUGUCUUCUCCUGGUGGUGAUGUCCUAUGAUCGGUAUGUGGCCAUCUGCCACCCGCUCCGAUAUUCUGUCAUCAUGAGCUGGAGAGUCUGCAUCACCCUGGCAUUGACUUCCUGGAUUUUAGGAGUUCUCCUAGCCCUAGUACAUCUAGUGUUACUCAUACCAUUGCCCUUCUGUGGACCCCAGAAAGUUAACCACUUUUUUUGUGAAAUUAUAGCUGUCCUCAAACUUGCCUGUGCAGAUACCCACAUUAAUGAGACUAUGGUUUUGGCUGGGGCAGUAUCUGUGUUGGUAGGACCAUUCUCCUCCAUUAUGAUAUCUUACAUUUAUAUUUUAUGUGCCAUCCUAAAGAUUCAAUCAGGGGAGGGGCGCCAGAAAGCCUUCUCCACCUGUUCAUCCCACCUCUGUGUGGUUGGACUCUUUUAUGGCACAGCCAUUAUAAUGUAUGUUGGGCCCCGUAAUGGGAACCCCAAGGAGCAGAAGAAAUAUCUCCUCCUGUUCCACAGCCUUUUCAAUCCCAUGCUCAAUCCUCUGAUCUAUAGUCUGAGGAACAAAGAAGUCAAAGCUUCUCUGAAGAGGAUGCUUGAAAAAGAGCGAACUUCAUGAAAAUCUGUAGAAUAAUAAAAUAACUGAGUUUAAAGGGACCCGAGAAAUCAUCUCAUCCAAUAUUUACCAGGAUUCAUAAACAUGCUCAAGGGCAUCCUUUUCAUCUUCACACUUUCCUAGCUCCCAAGAAAGCUCAUUCUACUUUCCUCCCUCUGGCAUUGCAAGUCAAUGCUACACAAGAAAAUGAAAAUAACUUCUGACCAGCUGAAUAGUGGACAUACUUGUAAUAUAAUUAUAUUAAAUAUUCUGAAUGAAUGGAAAUAAA